AUGUUCCUUGCAUCUAUCGCCAUGACGAUUGUGCAAUACAUCUUUUUCGCAGACUCUGGCUGCUCGAUGAACCAAGCUGUUAUUACCAUUAACCUGCUCCUUUGGCUCAUUGUUUCGGUCGUUUCUGUUAACCCAUCUGUUCAAGAACACAAUCCCAAGGCCGGACUUGCGCAAGCCGCUAUGGUUGCAGUUUACUGCACGUACUUGACAAUGUCGGCUGUCUCUAUGGAACCUGACGACAAUAAGUGCAACCCCCUCUUGCGCGGCCGGGGAACCCGCGACACCUCCAAGGUUAUUGGCGCCAUCGUUACGAUGCUCACGGUUGCCUACACUACCACCCGUGCUGCUACCCAGAACCUGAGUCUAGGCGGCAACGGCGCUAUUCGACUACCGGAAGAGGAUGAGCAUGAUUUGGUGACUCAACAACCCAGCAGCCGCCGCGAGAUGCGAGCGGAAGCUUUGCGCCGUGCUGUUGAAGAAGGUAGUCUGCCUGCGAAUGCUCUUUUGUCGGAUGACGAGAGUGACGAUGGCCAUGGCGAGGCGCACGAUGAUGAACGUUCCGGCACACAGUACAGCUACACUAUGUUCCAUAUCAUCUUCUUCCUUGCCACAGCAUGGGUUGCCUUCCUUCUCACGCUUAACAAAGAUAUGGACCCCAGCGACGACUUUGCUGGCGUUGGACGCACAUAUACUGCCAGUUGGAUCAAGAUUGUCAGCGCAUGGGCAUGUUACGGCAUGUAUAUUUGGACGUUGGUGGCACCGGCUGUGUUGCCGGACCGAUUCGACUUCUAG